GCGCUGCGUCCUACAGUUUGACCGAACGUCCAUCCACGCAGCCGCUGCAGACACGUGAAAGGGAUAUUAGGCGCGCGAAGGAACGAGCAGAGGCACAAUUACACAAUCGCAAACGUACAGCCCACUCCUUGCCACACCGCGCACGAAAGUUGCGUAAGUCGAGUCAGGGUCUCUCUCAGAGAGGGCUGCGUUGAACUAGUGCAUCUUUGCAGCCUUGCAGACUUCACCAAGGCAAAAAAAGCUGAUAUUUUUCCGAUAUCAUCGUCUUGGUUGUUGUCGUUCCGGUGAUACAUAUUUUCUUUCUUCUUUCAUCGACACGUUACGCUGUUACAUUUCGUUUUCUUGUUGUUUUGUUGUUCUGUUUUGAAUGAUUGAAGCUGUUAUCUUUGAGCUGAGCUACUCCUCGCGCUUUUGUUCAGAUACUUUGUUUUCUUUCUUUCUUUCUUUUUUUUUAAAUGGAAAAGGAAAAGAUGCGUUCACGAUCGCGUCAGGCGAGACACCUGACCUUUCACCCCAUCGUCAUCGCGUCAGCCGUUGUCUUUGUCGUGCUGUUUCUCGCCCUCGGGUACCACACCGGCGUAAACGAUGUUGAACGGGCCCACCGGCAAAAACUGUCUGAGGUCACACACAUUUUAGAAGGUCAGCAAAUACUGCUGAAGAGGUGCAACAAGCAGCUGGAGAACUUCACCAAGGAAGACGCCAGGAGCGACUCCCACGUGAGAACGCUCAGAGCGGCACUGCGGGAGCUACAAAAGGAGCAGAACGAGGUUCAGGCGACGUACAAGGGAUUGGACGAGCAAAACAACAAGUGCGAGCUGGACCGGGCCGGCAUGGAGAUGCGCCUCGACGCGCUGGGCACGGAAGCUGCGCAGAACCGCCAGAAGGUGGAGGACACGGUGAAGGAGGUGGACGCGCUACAGGUGUCAAUUAUGCACAUCACACGCGGGGAGGGAAUGUCGGUAGUGCUGCUCAACGAGGUGCUGAACUCGCUGAGAGCUUCGUACGAGUCCACGUGUCGCAAUCUUCCGGGGUGCGUGGUGAUGACGGAUGAGGAUCUGCUGAAGCUGCGCGUGGAGGACAACCGCACCGAGGACGAGAUCCGAGCCUUUCUGGAGCGCGAUGCAGCGGCGCAGAAGAGCUUAGUGAACUCGCUGCAAGGGUCCUCGGCAAACCUCGCCGGCAUAUACUUUCUCCCCACCGUGGACGAGGAGCGGCAGUGGGACACGAAGGCGCACUACCCCACGUACUUCAAGCGCAACACGCUGCAGAGGCCAUUACGCGGGGUGAAAACAAACUCCAGCAGGGUCCGCACCGCGGGGAACGUGGUGAAGAUUUUGGAGACCUACAGCGACUACGCGAUGUGCGCGUACCGCUACAACAACCCCAGGUUUUCCUUUCAGUCUUUCUUCGAGUAUACGCCGGACGACGCAGCCGCCGUGCCGGGGCAGACAACAAGGCCUCUCGCCGCCUUUCUACACAAGUUGAUUGUCAGCCCCCUGCUGCUGUACUGCACUCAGUGUGACGCGAACAUGUGGAGGCAGCAGUACCGACUGGCGUGCUUCAAGAACCGCAUGUCCGCACUACACAACUACGGCACACACGAUUUCUGGGUCGUGCGCUCGAUGAUUCAGGCAGCGCCGUCGGUACAGACCGAAGCUCUGAACUUCUACGCCAGUCACGAGGCGGAGAAGCAGCGUGUGCUGGCGGUGGUGCUGCACCUGGCCUCCGAGCGAGACCGCCAAGACUGCGAUCGGGCGGCGAUAGAGGAGUAUGGAAUCCAUUAUCAAUACUUGACGGCGAACUUUCCGCGGGAUGCUGCGCUGCAGACACACAUCGCGGACGAGCGGGGUGCGCAGUGCUCGCCGACGCCGGCCCAGGUCAUCGAGCACAUCGGCCGUGUGCGCAACACUGCCGCGUAUCCAUUUGACAAGGUCUAUCUCUCCGUGUCCGCCGAGAUGCGCAGCAACAUGGUGGCGCUGCUGAAGGAGAGGGGCGGCGCUGAGCUGCUUGCCCUCUUGCUGCCGGCCUACACAAACCCCCAAAAGGAAGCCGACACACCUGGAUUUGCGGAGCUGGUAGACUUGGAAAUUGCAAGUCGUGCAACGGAUAUUCUGGUGAGUCCGUUUAUGCGAGCCAGUCGCUACGUGACAGAGGAGUUCCUCCUCCGCCACAAGCUGAACGCCAGUGGACACGUCUGGGUGUUCUAG